AAAGGCCAGCCGUACCCCUUGACGAAGCUGCCCGCCCUACACCCUCAUCCUGCCUUCCGAAGCCCAUCGUCAGGCCACUUGGAGUCAGACGAUGCGCCGCGGUCCUUCUCACCAGUGCCUCGAAGCGCCAUCAGCGAAAUUGGUAGCGGGAGCCACUGCGAUGACCCUAGCUUGCCCGAGCCGCGUCGAUCCUUCAGUUCCGCCAACUUUCCGUUAGAAGACCGUCGUGAGGCAGACUUAGUUCGCCACUUCAGGGAGUUUAUCGCGGCCUCGUUUGACUAUGGCGACCCGCACAAUCGGAUCUCGGUUCUCCUUCUGCAGCAUGCUGCUCUAAGCCCCGUGCUGCUCAAUGCUGUCUUAGCUGUCGCGGCAAAGUCAAAAGAUGAGGGCGACAGCCUGAAUUUCUUUGAUAAACCUGCAGAGCGAUACUAUGAUAUGACUAUGGAGCUUCUGCAGCCUGCCUUGGAUGACGCUGUUUCUGAGGUCGAUGAGGCACACAUUGCUGCCGCCGUUCUGCUCAGGCUUUAUGAGAAUAUCUAUAGUACGUCCUCCCACUGCCCAAGGCUAUGGUUACAUUGCCUCUCGCGUGGAACUUGA